GUGGCCGCUACGCUGGCUGCGGGGCUGUUGUUCCGCCACGGGCAUGACUGAGGAAGAAAGAAAUCAGAAGUUCGAUUCCAAGAUGGAGAGUUCAUCAGAUUCAGUAUCGAUCAAGGUAGAGAGAGCAUCAGAUUCAACAUCCACCAAGAUAGAGAGUGCAGGAGAUUCAGCAUCUGUCAAGAUGGAGAGCUCAUCAGAUUCAGCAUCUACCAAGAUGGAGAGCAAAUCAGAUCCAUCAUCUAUUAAGAUUGAGAGCGAAUCAGGUCCAUCAUCUAUCAAGAUGGAGAGUGAAUCAGAUUCAGCAUCCACCAAAAUGGAGAGCACAGCAGAUUCAGCAUCCAUCAAGAUUGAGAGCGAAUCAGAUCCAUCAUCUAUCAAGAUGGAGAGUGAAUCAGAUUCAGCAUCCACCAAGGUGGAGAGCGUAUCAGAUUCAGCAUCCACCAAGGUGGAGAGCGCAGCAGAUUCAGCAUCCACCAAGAUUGAGAACGAAUCAGAUCCAUCAUCUAUCAAGACUGAGAGAGGAUCAGAUCCAUCAUCUAUCAAGAUGGAGAGUGAAUCAGAUUCAGCAUCUAUCAAGGUGGAGAGUGAAUCAGAUUCAGCAUCUAUCAAGAUGGAGAGUGAAUCAGAUUCAGCAUCCACCAAGAUGGAGAGCACAGCAGAUUCGGCAUCAACUUUACCUGACACUCCCAGGACCAGUGAGAUUCCACCAUCACCCCAAACAAACAGUUUAGGAAAACAACCUAUGAGUGGAACACUUAAAGAGAGAUUAAAGAAGGCAAGGCCAUCAUCUCAUUCUUUUUGUAGUGUGGUGAAGCGACUUAAAGUAGAGAAGGAGGAAAAUGAUGAGACGGUUUCAGAACCAGGAGUGUCAUCGAGAGAAAAAAGCUAUUCAGAGUCCCAAGGGAGUUUGAAACGCAAAGACAGUGCAUCCGAAAAAGACAGCUCGGAGAAUACAAACACAUGCAAGUUUAAGCCACUUGAUACUGGGUCAUCCAGUGCCUUCCAAAGUGAUUUUGAGAGUGAAGAUACUAAAGAAAGAUUGAAGGAAGAAAAAGCAAAGUUGGCAAAGCAGGUUCAAGAGAAGGAAGAACUUCUUCGGAGAUUGAAACUUGUCAAAAUGUAUAGAAUAAAGAAUAACCUGUCUGAGUUAGAGAUGUUAAUAAAGAAGUGGCGUAAGUGCAGCCAGCAGCUGCUCUAUGAGCUGCAGGAAGUCAUGUCUGAGGAUGACGAGAAACUCAGCCUCACCGAGCUCAUCGACUACUAUGGGGUAGAUGAGAAAGUCGUGCACUAUAAUAGAAGUGAGGAAGAAUUUACAGGGAUUUGAUAAGUUGUGGUUUUGUUUUUGUUUUUUGUUUUGUUCUGUUUUUUCCCCCCUCUCCUUUUGGGGUGAUGGACUCAUGCCCAGGGCCUCAAAUGUGCUCUAUUCCUGAGCUAUAUUUUGGCCUUUACGGAAUAUCUUUGAGAAUACAAUGUGAGAAGAGUGUCUUGAAGGGAAGGAAGAUGUGAGCUGUUGUGGCUUAGAGAAAGGUAUCUGGAACAGUUUAGGAUAUUCUGAUACGAAACAAAAUUAUAACAUGAAGCUUCGUAUUUUGGAUAUUUGGAUAUUUGCUAAAGAAAAUAUUUAAGUAUUACAAAAUUAAAUAAUGUUUAAAAGGAAGUUUGGAUAAUUCUGGAAACCAGGUUUAAUACAUUGAGUUUGUGGCAAAAGAUUUUAUAUUCAGUGUUAAAAAGUAUUCUUUUGAAUGUCUAAACCUCACCUGGCCUAAAUGUAACCUGUCCCUCCUGAGUUUAUGAACCUUGUCUUCAUCUACUUAAUAUAUCUUUCCAUCUGCUAAUCUAGCAAGUAAUUAAACAGUUCACAGUUUUUCUCCA